GGCCUCGGCGCAGCCGGGCGGCUCGAAGGGACAGCGACGACCCCCGCGAGGAGAGGCUGGGCCCGGCCGAGGCCUGCGCGGCCCCACGUCCCACCAUGCCGGGGAAACGCACCGCCAAGAACCCGGCACCGGAGGAGGAGCCUCUGGAGAGGAAGAAAAUUAAAGUCAGCCACCCGUCGCACCGCACGCAGCCGGGGCUGGUGCUGACCCUGGGCCAGGGCAACGUGGGCCAGCUGGGCCUGGGCGAGGACAUCAUGGAGAGGAAGAAGCCGGCCCUGGUGACGCUGCCGGAGAUGGUGGUGCAGGUGGAGGCUGGAGGGAUGCACACGGUGUGCCUGGGCCAGACGGGCAAGAUCUACACCUUUGGCUGCAACGACGAAGGUGCCCUGGGGCGCGACACCUCGGAGGAAGGGUCUGAGACCUCCCCGGGGCCAGUGGAGCUGCAGGAGAAGGUGGUGCAGGUGUCAGCAGGGGACAGUCACACGGCUGCACUGACCGAGGACGGCAGGGUCUUCGUGUGGGGCUCCUUCCGGGAUAACAACGGGGUGAUUGGCCUGCUGGAGCCCAUGAAGACAAGCUCCACUCCUUUGCUGCUCCAGCUGGAUGCCCCCGUUGUUAAAAUAGCCUCAGGGAAUGACCACCUGGUGAUGCUGACGGUGGAUGGUGACCUGUUCACGUGUGGCUGUGGCGAGCAGGGCCAGCUGGGCAGGGUGCCAGCGCUCUUUGCCAACCGAGGAGGACGGAAAGGGCUGCAGAGGCUGCUGGUCCCCCAGCUUGUCCCUGUCAGAGGCAAAGGAAGAAGAACCAAAAUGCGCUUCCAGGACACCUUUUGUGGGGCCUAUUUCACUUUUGCUGUCACACAGGAGGGACACAUCUAUGGAUUUGGCCUCUCCAACUACCACCAGCUGGGGACCCAGGACACCGAGCCCUGCUUCUCCCCGCAGAACCUCACCUGCUUCAAGAACUCCACCAAGUCCUGGGUCGGGUUCUCUGGUGGGCAGCACCACACGGUCUGCGUCGACUCCGAGGGUAAAGCCUACAGCCUGGGCAGGGCAGAGUACGGCCGGCUGGGCCUGGGGACGGGGGCAGAGGAGAAGAGCACACCCACGGUGAUCCCAGAGCUCCCCAGGAUCAUCUCGGUGGCCUGCGGAGCGUCCGUCGGAUACGCCGUCAGCAGCGACGGACGAGCGUUUGCCUGGGGAAUGGGCACCAACUACCAGCUGGGCACCGGGGAGGAGGACGACGUGUGGAGCCCGGUGGAGAUGACAGGGAAGCAGCUGGAGAACCGGCGGGUGCUGGCCGUGUCCAGCGGAGGGCAGCACACGGUGCUGCUGGUCAGGGACAGGGAGCAGAGCUGAUGAAGUGACCCACACACCCCUCACACCUCCCACCCGCCUCGGGGGGGGGCUGAUUUCCAGCUCUGGGAGGGCAGGAAGCUCCCGGGACCGGCGUUGCUGGAGCAGGGAGUGCUCCUGUGUUCUCCCUGCAGGUGUUGUGUCUGUCUGCCCGUGGUGCUCUGUCAGCUCCCGGGAUCAGCUUGGUCCUAAACUGAUCCCAGCUCUGUACCUGGAUGGGUUUUGCACUUCUUCUCGUCUUGGUUUUUUAAUGUUUCCCAGCCUGGCCAAGCCGAAGGUUCUUGUUCUUCGCUGCACAAUCAGGUUUGGGCGUCUCCCUGAGCAUGUUGCCCACAUCUGGGUGCUCCUCCAUCUCCUUCACCAAACACCUUUCACCUCUCCAGCCUGGAUUUGUCCACUGCCACCCACCAAACUCCUCUGAGCUCGUUCCAGGGGGAUCUCAGCCCAGCAGGAACGUUCCCAAGGGAGCUCUAUCCUUGCAUCCCGGUGCAGUGGGGAGAUCCUGCCUGGCAAGGGGGAACACUGCUGCAUGAUUCCUGGCACACUGUGACUGCUGGAAGAGAAUGGGAAGGGGGGCUCCUGCCUCCCACCCCUCACAGUUCUGAGCCAAAACCCACCAGGCAAUGAGGCUCCAUCCUGGAGCAGCCACCUCCAGCACUGCUUUUUGCAGCCCUGGCCGCUCUCCCUCCUUCCCAUUCCAUUUGGAAACCCGACAAAAUCCAUCCCACGGGUGGGAACUUAGUGGUUUUUUUUCUCUUUCCCUUGCUGAGGAAAGAGUUUUUAUUUGCUGUCAGGGCCUCACUGAGCAGACACCCAACCCCCAGCUAUGUUUCGAGUAGCUCGAAACAAUGAGACAACUCCCCCCCCAUCACCUCCCUGAUCCAGCUGGUCUCGCUCCCUGUGCCUGGCCUGCCCCAUCCUCUCCCAGGAGGUGCCUUCCAGGUACCUGGAGUGAGGAGGAGUCUGCAAAGAGCUGAGUUAUAGCAAUAGGAGGGGGGGUGUGGGAUGUGUGAAUCCUGGGAUUGUACAAUGGUUCAGAAGGGGGUUGGAAUUUUUUUUUUUUUUUUUUAAAAGAAAAUGUAUUUUGGUCGAUUAAUCAAGGCAGAAAGAACAGAAAAACGUGUCAUCUUUUAACAUUUGGAAUAAACUGAGUUUUUGUAAG